AUGCAAUUAGAUGAUGAUCAAGAUCUCUUGGCUUGUGGAUUGAGCAAUGGUUAAUUAAUCUUAUUAUAAUUUUCGACUGGUAUCAUUGUGUAAUAAGACCAUUGGCAUGCUCAUUAAAUUAAUGCAUUGUUAUUUGCAGGAGCAUCACUCUAUUCUGCUGGUUAGGAAGGUGUCAUAGUAUAAUGGCAUUUGAGAGUUGCAAGAAAGGCCUUCUUUCCAAGAUAAGGAGGAGAAAUUGUAGCUAUGUGUAGUAAUGAUGAUAAUCUCAUUAUUAAUAUAAAAGGAAUCAAUCAAAUUAAAUAGAUUUCCUUGAUGGGCUAGAAUAAAUUACCCUAUUUUCAAGGAAUUCAUCAUGUUUAUCCUAAUAGUUUCAUCACUUAUUAGAAUAAAUUAAUCACAUAAGGAGCAAAUGGAACCUUAUAAGUUAUUCAUCCUAAUCAAGGAACACUAUUACACAUAAUUCCUAUAUAACAACGAAAUUAUGUGUCUGAUAUUGAAGAUUCAUACAAAAGAGAUAGAACCACAAUUAAUAAAUUUGCCAUGUUGGAUAGAUUUUUGAUUGUUGUUUUGAGUUCUGAACUUAAGUAGACGUUAUCAAUCUUUGAAAAUAUUAAUAGUUUUGAAUUUAAUCUUGUAACAACUACUGAUUAUGAGAUUGAAGGAAUGGAUACAGGACAUAAUUCAAUAAUCACUUGGGGAAAUGGAGAAAUUAGAAUAUGGAAAUAAAUUAAGUAAGCAAAAGGAUAAUUUAACUGGAAUUGUGUUUUCAGAGGACAUGGAUAUAAAGGAAGAAACAUUUUAACAGCAUAUAUUAAAGAUGAAACCACUAUUGUCUUAGUCACUUCUAUGAGUAUAUUGCACAUCAAUACAAAAAAUAAUAGCAUUAUUAAAGAGGUGCCUUUGGAUUAAACAACUCCUGAGGUUGCUCAUAUUUACUAAUCUGGUGUUUUAGUUUGUAAUGGUGGAACAAUUACAUUCUAUUAGGAUACUAAAAAAUAGAUUAUCACCUAAUUUGGUAAGGCCAAAUCAAUCAGUAAAUUGAAUGACUUUUUAAUUGCUAUUUAAUAUGACAAUGAAUAAGCAUUGAUUGUAGAUGUUAAAUAGUCUAAAGUUCUCCAUGGAAUUGCUUCUCAGAAAUUAAUCUCAGCAACUAUCAAUGGCAGAACUUUAUUAUAUUCUUACUUAAGCCAGAAUAAUCACUACAAGUAUGUAACAGUUCUAAGCACAGAGAGAAAGGCUUCCCUAAUGAUGGAUGAGUAAGAUACAGCUCAUUUUGAAUAAACUGAACAACCUGAAAAGCCAAUCAUUGAAGAUGCUGCACCACUUGAUCCUAAUGUUUAUAGGCGUUUGCAAUUAGCUAAAUAGGCUAGAUAAAUAAAGGAACUCAACAUUAAAGAAUUUUUAAUCCCAUAGUCACAAAUGUUGCCUUCUUUAACAUUCUUGGCUGAUCGAGUUGUUGAUGUUUUGAAAUAAGAUCUGAGUGAAUAACAAAAACAUCAAUCAUAUGGAAUUGAUCUAAAUCAAGAGGAAUAAGAAGGUAAUCAAUAGAAGACUUCAAUCUAAUUACAUUAAUUAAAGAAAUUGUUUAAAUGA